AAUCAUAAUAACUCAACUCAUACAUUAAAAAAAAAUGUGUUUUACACGGACACAACUAGUCGAACUACAAUCUGCAAAUUCAGUUCAUAAAAACAAACCCGUUGGAGGAUAUUCGGGUCAAAGUCGGUCCGAAUGUCAACUCCGGACCCACCUAAUAAUGUUGUAACCACCAUCGCCACCGACUGUCCCCGUGAAUAAAACUUGCUCCUCACCCUCAUCCAUCGCUGCAAAACCCUCAGUUGCAGAAAAUUUCUCCUUUGCUUGAAAAAAAAUUCCCUUUUUGCGUUCUGGGUGUUUUUAAGAUUUAGGAAUGGAAGGCUCGAAUUCGAUAGGGGCAGUAGUGCAAGGUGGCAGCACCAAUGAAAACGACGGGAUCGAGUGGGAGAUGAGGCCAGGUGGCAUGCUUGUUCAGAAGAGAGACGAUGGUUAUGAUCAUGGUGGUGGUGGGCAUUCAAUUAAGAUUAAGGUCUCUCAUGGGUCGAACCAGCACGACCUCACUGUUCCCUUCCAGUCUACCUUUGGAGAUCUGAAAAGAGCUAUUUCCCAAGAAACUGGUUUGGAGCCAGAGGAGCAAAAACUGUUGUUCAGAGGAAUGGAAAAAGAGGAUCAGGAAUAUUUGCACUUGGCAGGCCUGAAGGACAAUUCAAAGGUACUACUCAUGGAGGAUUCAGUGAGCAAAGAAAGGAAGCCUGAAGUGGUAAAGGCUAGGAGUGAGUUAUCAAGAGGUGAUGCAGCUGUUGCUGAAGUCAGAUCCGAGGUGGAUAAACUCUCAGAACAGAUUUCUGCUUUGGAAGCUGUUGUAUGCGAUGGGACGAAGGUUGCGGAGCAUGAUAUUAUUUACAUAACGGAGAUGCUCAUGAAACAGCUGCUGAAAUUGGACAGCAUUGAGGCUGAAGGAGAAGGAAAAGUGCAGCGAAAGAUGGAGGUACGUCGGGUACAGAGCUUUGUGGACACAAUGGAUUCACUUAAGGCAAAAAAUUCUGAACCCAUUGGCAACAGCUCCAAUGCUGUGUCGGUGACAACCCAGUGGGAAACAUUUGAAACUGGUGUUGGAAGUCUUAAUGCCCCUGCCCCAAUGCCAUCUCCUACAAAAGUCACCCAGGAAUGGGAACAGUUUGAUUAGCUAAUAUCUGUUAACUGCUUUUGGAGUGUACAAACUCAUGAUACAUAGAAUAUAUGGUGCUGGGAACACACGAUGGUUCCAAUAUUUAUUUUCUUGUUGCAGUCCUUGUGACUGAUAGGGAAAUUACAUUUAGUUUAAGCAACGAUUUUUUUCUUUUUCAUAUGAAUCUGCUUCAACCUGGUUGAACCAAUCAAUUGUAUUGAGUAGUGCUUGGAUUGCCUUUCGUGUGUUUUAUAUUGAGAAUGUAUGGUAAAUUUCUUUGAA